CCUAACGCUACACCUAAUCCUGCAAAUCGUGUCUCCUCGUUUCUCAGUUCGGCGGUCGAUUUAGUGGAGGCGAUCGCGUCCUUGAUCAUCUGUGGCUUUCGGGUUCGCUUCGAUUGGCUUAGCUUCUGGUAUUGCAACCUUUUCUAGGAUCUUCCUCACUGAUUCCGCCCCUCCAAAAUCAGAGGAGAACUAAUAAGAUCUUCGAGAUCUAAUGGCACAGGAGAGCUGGAAGAAGGAUAUCGAACGAACUGAGUGCGAAACUCCUGAAGUCCCGAUUUUAUGUGCAAAUAAAUGUGGGUUUUUCGGGAAUGCCAUGACCAAUAACCUUUGCUCCAAAUGCUACAAGGUUUUUGCCUUGAAACAUAAACCAAUGGUUUCUCCCGCCACCACAGAAGUCGAGAAAGCAAUUGCCAUUCCAUCUUCUCUGCAAAUCAAACAUGUUGAAGGAUCAAGUGAAUUGGAUGGGCCGAAUGAGGUGAAGGCCGUCGAUGAUCAACCAGAGGCUGCAUGCAAGAAGCAACUGGCUAACCGUUGUGCCCAAUGCCAAAAAAGGGUAAGAUUAACAGGCUUCAAAUGUCGGUGUGGUGGCACCUUCUGUUCGUCCCAUAGGUACUACGAGACACACAAAUGCUCAUUCGACUACAAGACUGCUGGUCGCGAGCGUUUAGCCAAGGAGAACAUUGUUGUGAAGGCAGAAAAGUUGGAGAAAAUGUGAGGCCAUUGCAUUCCUUGAAAGGGCACAAAGGAGCCCUAUUUGCUUUCGGUGACAUGUUCCGAUGUGAUUCAAGUAGCCAAGGCUUUACGAAAAGCUUUAUACUUCGAAUCAACGAAUUCGGUGUGUUUCUGAGCAGGAAAUAAUGUAAAAAAGAAAUUGUGUUGAAAGUAUUGCUUCAAAUCUAUUUUAGUUUUCAUUCUGAAAUAUCAA